AUGUUGCUAGGCUUGCAUCACCUCAUUCCAGCAUUUCUAUUACCCACAGGAUUUUUUCCGCCUGAACAAGUUGUUUUCGAAACACAACGCUUGAACAACACUGGACUACCAGUUCCCAAUCCUACACACUCAUUCUGGAUAGAUAGUCCCCAAGCGAAUCCUCUUGCCAAGGAGGGCAGCUCUGGCCCGUUAACCAGAGACGCGGACGUCUGUAUAAUUGGGGCUGGUAUCACUGGUGUCAGCUCUGCGUAUCACUUGGCUCGGAAUCUAGGGACAGGCAAAAUGGUUGUGAUUUUAGAGGCGAGAGAUUUCUGUUCAGGAGCGACAGGGAGGAAUGGCGGUCAUCUGACGCCCCCCGUAUUCAUUGGAUUUUACGACCGACAGCAAAAGUACGGCACGGAAGAAGCAAAAAAGUCGUACGCACUGGAAAACUACGUUUCCUCGAAGCUCCUGAAAAUUAUAAAGCAAGAAGGGUGGGAUGAAGAUUUAGACUUGGUGGAAGGAGGGCGUAUAACAAUGUUCAUGACAGAAGAGGAGGAGCAGAAGGCGAGGAGGGACUGGGAAACCGCAAGGAUGGCUGGGCUGGAGAGGGUUGAUGAAGUUAGAUGGCUAGAAAGAGAGGAAAUGCAGGCGAAACAUGGAACCUCUUUUCCCGGCACUUUUUUUCAUAGUCAUAAUCUAUGGCCGCUCAAACUUGUUUCGAAGCUAUAUUCUUUAGCCAAAUCUCAAGGCCUGAACUCGGGCAUCGAUAUCAGGUUGCAUACCAGGACCCCAGUGACCUCAAUCUCGCACAUCAAUAAUGCAACAUCCUCAUCUGCAAGAAGAUGGUCCUUGGCGACUCCACGAGGCCAAGUAAACUGUAGCUACGUCAUACAUGCCACGAACGCGUACGCCAGCUUCUUGCUGCCUCAAUUGCGGGGAGAGGUGGUGCCGACGCGUGGGCAGGUGAUAGCGAUACGCCCGAAUUUGGGAGCCCAGGUUGGUAGGAGCUCAUGGCGCGGAAACGGAGGUUUUGAGUAUUGGUUCCCUCGAUACCGGCGGGAAGAGGAGCGUCCAUUGGUGAUUCUUGGAGGAGCCAGGGAUGUGGCACCACGAUUUGAGAAGGAUGAGACCGACGAUUCGGUUUUAAAUGUUGAAGUCGGGAAGGCUCUGAGAGGGUUUUUACCCCCACUGUUUCCGGGGAUGUAUGACCCCAAUCAAGAAGUCGAGUGGGAAUGGACGGGAAUCAUGGGAUAUACAACAUCAAGCGCACCAUUUGUUGGCCCAGUUACCGACGGCAUUACGAGCACAAGGGUGGAAGAGUACGAAGGUCAAUACAUUGCUGCUGGGUAUACUGGGCACGGUAUGCCCCGUGCAUAUGCAUGUGCGGAAGUAGUGGCUAGCAUGAUUACCGCUGAUCUCUCAGGAAGAGGUAACGAAUGGACGGCACCUGCAUGGUUCCCUCGACAUUACUUGAUGGGACAUAACUCAAGUGCAUAA